UGGACAUCGAAGCCACCAACCGAGACUACAAGCGUCCUCUGCACGAGGCGGCCUCCAUGGGCCACGGGGACUGCGUGCGUUACCUGCUGGGCCGAGGAGCUGUCGUGGACUGCCUGAAGAAGGCGGACUGGUAGGUAGCUGGCCGGGGUGCACCGAGCACCCCGCAUCCCGGCUCCCGCCAGAAGCCUGUGCUCUGCUGGGCUCUCCCACACCACGGCUCAACUCUGAGCUCUCAUCCCAAACUCUUGCUAAUCAGGGUGUCUCGAGCAACCAGCACUCCCUUAUAAUACUGAAAUCGUCUAUUCACACUCUUCGCACUCAAGAGCUCAGUAUUUGCAUGACCAAGUAUUCCUCUGCCCAGUCUCUACCUACUCCGGGCCUACCCCCGAGGCAGCUCACCUGGAAUGACACUUGGUCUUGGUCUGCAAGCACAGUUCCCUGAUGAAUGGCUGUAAUCUGUGCUGCUCAGGAUUCCUGUGGCAGGUAUAUCCAACACUGCUGUGCCAAGUGACAGCUAGCAUCUGGAACUCCUGGCUUUUUAUGUGGUCGUGGCCCAAUUCUCAUGCUGAUAGCCACCUUGGGGCUAGCUGCUUCGGCUUUAUUUUCCAACUGCCCACGCUGAGCUCCUAAGACCAGACAGUCGCUUCUAAGACAGUAGGUCUUCACCACAGGCAGAUGGUUUGACAAUCAAAGCUGUUGCCUGCUAGGUAUUUUCCCUCUAUGCCAAGGAUGUGCAUUUCCUGAAGUCCUGCUUCUUGUCUCUAAUGCCUCAGCUGCUCCCCAUAUGAUAGCCUGUCCUGAUGCCCUUAGGACUCCUCUGAUGAUGGCUUGCACAAGGAAGAACCUUGAGGUGAUCCAGGACCUUGUAGAUCAUGGUGCUAAUCCACUCCUGAAGAACAAAGACGGCUGGAACAGUUUUCACAUUGCCAGUCGAGAGGGCGACCCUGCGGUCCUCCAGUACUUGCUCACCGCUUGCCCGGAUGCCUGGAAGACAGAGAGCAACAUUAAAAGGACUCCUCUGCACACUGCAGCAAUGCAUGGCUGUUUAGAAGCAGUAAAGGUGCUUCUUAAAAGGUGUCAGUAUGAGCCAGACUGUAAAGACAGAUGUGGCGUCACCCCCUUCAUGGAUGCAAUUCAGUGCGGCCAUGUUGACAUAGCCAGACUGCUCCUCGAAAAACAUGAGGCUUGUGCUUCGGCCGAGGACAGCCUGGGCGCGCAGGCUCUGCACAGGGCAGCAGUCACUGGCCAGGACGAAGCCAUCAAGUUCUUGGUGUGUGACCUCGGCAUUGAUGUAGACGUGAGAACCAGGUCAGCUCAGCUCACAGCGCUGCACUGUGCGGCAAAGGAAGGACAUACAGACACAGUGAAGACGCUCUUAGCCUUGGGCGCCAACGUGGACUCUAAAGAUGAAAGAGGUCGAUCAGCCCUGCAUCUGGCCUGGGCAGGUCAGCAUGAGGCUUGUGCCGCGUUUCUCCUGCAGUCCGGGCUGAUGGAUUCCAAAGACUUAACGGAGACCCUGGCCAGCAGUUCAUAAAGAGCAGACAUCCUUCAGGACUUUGGCCGCAGCGACGUCUUAAGGAUGUCUACAGAAGGAGGCUGUGAACUACAUAAUAACUUAUACCCUGCUUUUGAAACCACUAACCGGUUUGAAGGAGCUACUUGGUGGCAGGUGUUUCCGUCUCUUGUGGUCCCUCCUGCACAUUCCUCUUCUGCUGUGCGCUUCCCAGACAACCAUCUCAAGCUGUGAAAAUACAUUCAGUGCAGCUUUAAAAGUC